UGUGGAUUAUUGUUCGGAAUUCAUGCGACACGACAGACCAUUUCGCUUUAUGUUCAAUGCGUGCUAUUUGAGAGCACAUGCCUUUUAAGAUCGGAUCCAAAUCAAAACUUUUCGUUUGUUUUUCGCUGUUGGGACUGAGAAGGAUUUUAUUUUCGUCAAUUCCGACUAAGAGUUCACAAGUGCUUUUGGCCAUUGCCGCACCAUGCCGAGGGGAUUCUUGGUGAAGAGGACGAAACAUGCCGGCGCUCAUUCCUACCGCGUGCGCCGCAACUCUGAAGAUGACCGUAGUGACAGUGGCUCAGAUAUGGAAUAUUGCCACACGAACUUUGGCUCUCCCGACUCGGGAUUUUCCCAGUCGCCCAUUGCCCUGUCAUUCCGGGAGAGUGAUCUGCUGGGAUUGUCGGAGCGAGAUGUAACAUUGUCCCCUCACUCUGCCUCCCCCUUGACUAUCAGCACUGCGUUGAGCGACCACAAUCACCCCUCACCCCUCUAUUUCUCGGCAUUUGAUCGCUUAGCGGUAUCGAGCUGCAAUAGCUCCCCUUCUGGACUUACUAUCGACUCCCCGAGAGUGGCGGAUCGCUCUACUCCUACCAACUGUCCAUCCACACCCACCAGCCCCAAUAAAAAACGCGGAGGCACAGAUAACUUGGAAGACAAACCCAAAACACUCAAGAAGCCCAAGUCUGCCAGGAAAAUCAAUUUCGAUGAGGACAAACGGUCGCCUGUGUCAGGAACGAUCAUCAAGGAGCUGUCGGACAGCGAAGACGAGGGCGUACACAUUUCAGGAGACAUCGAUAGUGCUUUUAACUUUGUGGAGGUUACACCCGAGGCUCGGGCUGAGUUGGAGAAAAUCGAAAACAAAAUCGGAGAUUACAUUUGUCAGCUGUGCAAGGAGCAUUAUGACGAUGCCUUUCAGCUGGCUCAGCACCGAUGCUCGCGCAUCAUCCACGUGGAGUACCGCUGCCCCGAGUGUGACAAGGUGUUCAACUGUCCCGCCAAUCUGGCUUCUCAUCGCCGCUGGCACAAACCCCGUCCCCAGGGUGUUUCCAAGACCUCCACACCCACCCGAAUCCUGCCAGCCACAUCUAACAACCUGACCCCCCAGGGCCGCCUGCCUGGUUCCCCCAUCACAGGCUUCCAAGCCUCCGUCAUCCAGCACGGGGUGACCGGCCCCCCCCAAACCGCGGACGGUUAUUUCGAAUGUGACAAAUGCCUUAAGAAGUUUCGUCGUCAAGCCUACCUGAGGAAACACCUUCAGACACACUCGGAUGAACGAGCGUGUGCAUGUCAGGUGUGCGGCAAGGUGCUGAAAAACGAACUGGCCCUUGAGAAACACUUAGUGCAGCACGUAGCCAGACCGACGGAAACAAGUCUGAUCUGUUCUGUGUGUAGUGCCAGCUUUACCAACAAACUGGCCCUGGACAAACACAUGCGGGCCCACACUGACAGUUUUACCUGUAAGUACUGCGACAAUGUGUUUUACAGUUCACCAGGCUUAACUCGCCACAUCAACAAAUGUCACCCGUCUGAGAAUCGUCAGGUCAUCUUACUGCAGAUGAGCCGACCUUGUUAAAGGCAUAAACAAAGUCACACGAAAUCUUCCUCAAGCUUUCACAGUAUUUGACAAUCAUUAGUAUUACAUUUAAAAUCAUAUCUCUGAAAACAUGGUGUCCAUUUCCGAACAAUAAUCAUAUUGUUCCUGGCAUUCCAUCAGUAACUUCUUUUAGCAUCCAGUAACAAAAACUGGGUUAUCUUCCCUUGGUAGAGGUGCCAUUGUAACGGUAUCAUUUAAAUACUAUGUUUUCCCGCUACCAUAAUGUUUUCGAAGCAGACCACCAAAUGUUAUGACGCAGUGCCGUUCGUGUUAUAACGCUUUGUUAAACUGCCGUGCCUUUCCCCUCAUCAGGUUUUCACUUUGAGAAAAGGGAUCGUCCAAAAUUAUGAGAAAGUAUAGUCUAUAUCUAUAUAUACAAAUGUCUAUAUCUUUAUCGAAAAAGGUUGUGUAUCGCAGUUUUGCGAGAGAUUUAUAUUUUUCUUUUCGAUGUGGCCCUUCCCCAGCCAAAAGUGCAUUACUCUUCACUGCAAUUGCCGUUGUGUGCCUUGCUAUACUGUUAAUAGGAAAUACACGAGGGUAACUUUUGUCGUUAUAUUAACUCAUAUACUAUUUUUGUAUGUCAGCAUGUGUACUGUCUAAACAUGUCAGCAUGUAUACUGUCGAAACACUUGUCGCCUGGAAGUGAUUAGAUUAUGGUCAAUUGAAUUGAACUGCGCAUCAUGUGUUCGUAACCAUUUUUUGUACUGUGUUUACUUUAUUAUUGUUUAUCGAGUGUUAAUAGUCAUCUUAUACUCAGUGGACACAUUUUGCGUCUUAUUUAUUCACAAUAUAAGGCAAUUUAGAACAAUUUGUAAUUCUUGUUCUCACUGAUGGCUGUUUGUUUAUUAUUGAUUU